AUGUCGCAGGUGACUAUUCCAUCCCCGGUUCCCUUUGUUUUCAAACAAUUUCCUCACCGCAGCCUCCCUUCAUCUGCUGACUCUUAAUUCUCACAGAAUGUAGUAGAGCUAUGCGUCCUUCUAGUGAGAGAUAUCUACGGCGAGGUCUCUUCGGUUUGUUAACACCCCGCCCACACUACUCCGGGCCUCAGGACCUACCGGCUAACUUUGACGAGCACAGCGAGUGGUGUCUGUUCUUCUCGAGUUGGGCCGGCUUUCCGUUGUUCAACUAGUCCGCCAGCUCAAGCUUCCAGAGAAGAUAGUCAAGCAAACCCUAGCAGUCCUCAUUCAGCAGCAUCUUGUUGUCCACUUUGCCCAUCUCGAAACUGGGCAGGAGGUAGUGUAUUACGAGUGUGAAUGGGCUCAGGUUUAUGAGCUCCUGCGCGCUGGUAGGAUCAUUCGGGCCGUUGAAGAACGGUUUGGCAGCAAUGUAUUCAUUAUACCACUCUACUGCGCGAUCCGAGACUGACAAGUUUACUCCUCGUCAUAGGGCGCACUGAUCGUCAGCAACCUGCUUCAAUUGGGUCACGCUCGUGUUAGCGAUUUCCUUGUCGCCUACGGCACAUCUACCAAAAAAUCCAAGGCAAUGGCGAACGGCAAAUCGAAUGCCCCGGCGACAGAUGACGAGCCAUCUAUCACUUCAAUCGAGAUUUUGAAAUCAGUCAUGGCGGACAUGAUGAAGGAGCGGUUUCUGGUGCAGGUCCAGGAGCACCAUAUGCACAUUCGAACAGAUACCCGAAACACAUUGCGAGCACAAUUGACAUCUCAGUUGAGGAAGUCCCAACUCUCCGAGAAUAAGUUAGGAAAGGAGGUAGACAGGUUAAUGAAAAUUAAAAUGCGGGAACUGGUGGACGGAGAUACUUCGCAACACGCCGGAAUGAAAAGAAAAGCUGCGCCUACAUCAAAACCAAGGUCAAAAAAACGGCAAAAAGUUUCAAUCUAUGACUUGAUUGAGCAAGAAGAAGAGGAAUGGGAAAUCAAUGUUAGUGGGACUGGUCAGGAUAUAGGUUCAGAAUGUAAAUACUAACUUACUUUCUUUUGAACCAAUAGGAAGACAUCGUUCUUCGAAUAAAUCACGAGAAGUUCUUGGUUCUGUUCCGAAAUGCCGAAUUGGUUUCGCUGGCCGAAAGCCGACAUGGAAAGGUCAGCUCGCAGGUGUACGCAGAGUUGCUGAAACGGCUCGAAGAGAAAUACUUUCGAUGCCGUGAGCCAUAUCCGGCCGACGGUAAUGAAGAGGACGACCCUAAAAAAAGUAAGUUUCGGAUACUCAUGUCUAUGCCCCUAGAUUUAUAGCUCUUAAAAAAAAAUACGCCCGGCUCUAAUUUCUUGGCAGGAAUCAAACUUAGUGUUCUUGAGCUAUCAAAAACGUUCAGCAAAGAUAUCGACUUGGAAAAUUCGAUUGUAGCUGCUCCCCGCCCACCUAAAAAGAAAGCGAGGAAACGAAGCUACUCGGAUGCCGAGGAUGAAGACGAGCCUCACCCCAAUGGUUACAGGAAAAAGGUCAAUGGGAAGGGCAAGCGUCGGCAGAGCAACAGCGAGGAUGAUGAGGAUGAUGAUGAUGAUGACAUUUCGGACCUCGAGGAACUUUACGACGAUGAGGAGGAAGGAAUUGACGCCGAGAAUCGCAAAAAGAAAAUUCGCAUGGAAUUACUAAAGCAGCACAUGCAACUUCUCGCAGAAGACUCUUGGAAGUUUGUCCAAUUAGAAAGCAACCGUGGUUUGGGUGAAUGGAGCGUCAAUUACAAGGAGUUGGGUAAGCUUAUGAGGCAUAUCGAACUGGAGAAAGUGGUGGAAGAAACAUUCGGGGAAAUGGGCUUGAGAUUGCUCCGGAUCAUCAAGGAUAAAGGGAAACUGGAGGAGAAACAGGUUCGCCACGUUCCAUCCCUCGAGGCUUGUGUCUAGCACUCAUAAGUCCCUCCCUUAGAUUGCCAGCAUUGCCCUCCUCAAGCAAAAAGAAAUCCGCUCAAUCCUCACAGGGCUUCAAGAAAACGGCUACCUCCACCUCCAGGAAGUCCCCAAAACAAGUAUCCCCCAGAUCUCGAGAACAUACUUCCUCUGGUUCCACGAUCCAGACCGUGCGAUCCAAUCUCUUGUCACAGACACCUACAAGGCCAUGUCCAGAGCUAUCCAGCGCACAAACGUCGAGCGAGCCAAGCGCUCUUCACUACUAGAAAAAUGGGAACGCUCGGAUGUGCAGGCGAAUGUGGAGGAAUACCUUACCACGUCGGAGAAGCGCGAAUUAGAGAUUUGGCUAUCGAGGGAGGAGAAACUCCUGGGUCAGUUGAUGAGGCUGGAUAGAACGAUGAUGAUACUGAGAGACUUUUAGAUGUGAAAGAUUCCUGUUGCUAUAUACUUGCAGUGCGCUAGUGGGCAGAAGAUCUGAUACAAGGGCGGGGCGUUGAUAUGGGGUGAUGAGUACUCGUAAAUCGAGAGGGGGGUGAUUGAUAGUGUCAAUGUAUUUGUACCAUAUCGCGGCCUUCGGCCAGGCUACCUUACCUACCUGCACUACAGUCGGAUGAUAAGCACUCGCUUGAGAAACUCGUACCCGGCCGAGCAUGAGGGAUUAUAUUCUUGCAGUACGAUAGCCCCUCCCCCCCCACGUUUCCAUUCACCGCAAUACCAAGAAGUAGGAGCUCUCGAGAAAGCUUACCGCGAUAGUAUAAAAUAUUGUAACCGGCCAAUGACCAACCCGCGCUUCAUCUACGGCAUAGUACGGUACUCGCACCGGCUCCUACCCAUUCCCCACGAUGGGUCCCCCCGAGCAACUCGGGAAACCAAAAACCAAAAUUCAAAAGGCCUAAGCAAGUGAGCGAUACGAUCACCGGCCACGGUAGUCCCUCACCCAGUCCAAUAAACUCUAAUCCCAACACGAGACGAAACCUCCGCCCUCACCCGUCCAUCGCGAACACUAUCCCGAAGGCACCGUUGUCCCACACCCCAACCAGGAUACCAGUGACAAGCCCAGCGAGUGAGAACAUAUGUUCCAUUCCUCGGCUCCUACCGCGUCAUACGCGCUGAGUCGCCCCCGGCUGAGGCGAGGGUACAAGUACGAUACUCACUGCGACUGCACGGUACUUCUGUCGGGAGGAAAUUGGUACCGCACUGUACCAGUACAGUACUGGCGGUGCUUGUAGCCCGACACAGUCAGAUGUAAUAGGAUAGGGGUGAGAAGUGAGUGAAUUCCACCCCAUGGCACAGUAUGGUACAGUACGGUAAUGUAUAUGCCAACAGCUGUGAGAGAAGUGCACUAUGGGGGGAAUAUUUCAAGGGAAGCGACGAUGCACGAGCACAAGUAGCGGAAAUAACCGGUGUCCAGGGGGGUAAAAGGGGAAUUUACCAAAAAGCCAUGAGUGUUAAAUUACAUUGCAACACUCAUGAACAAGUAUUCAGCCGUCACUACGAGUACAGUACUCGCACCGGUCCGACAAAGAUCACAAACAGGACAAGUUGAGCAAAUUGUAAAGCACAAAAUGCUAUGAUACCUGGAUUAAAUUUCAUCCCGUUCGUUCGUUCUUUCCUCCUUUCUUUCUCCCCCUUUUUGAAGCCGGGGGGGGUGAGUUGAUGAUCCUUAAAGUAAUGCAAUUUUGGUCGCAACAUGGGAACCUACCGUAUUACUACUACUUUAUAAUACGGUACAUGACCCUUGGUCGCAGGAUCGUACGGUGCUUAGUCUACUCGCUCGUUUCCUUCCUUCCUUCCUUCCAUACCGGUACAGUACAGUACCUGUACUCACCCUUCGUGGGUACCGAUAGGGAGAUUCAAAGCUCUCGGUACGCGGAAAUUUGCGGGGUAUAAUUACCGCAUACUUGGUUCGCAGCGUACCGAGAGCCUUGAAUCUCCCUAAUAGCACUGUACUGUAUCCGAAUCUAGCGACCACACCAAAGAAUACAUGUUUCUUGAGAGAAAAUCUCCUACGUUAUCCAAGCGCCGAUACAGCGGUAGAGUACAGUACAUUCCUACGCCCCUAUCUUCAGCUCCGGUACCGGUACCGGAAUGUUCUCUCCAACCGGAUAUUAAGGCCAAUAGACCUACACUUUACUUACCUUACCUUACCUUACCUUACCUUACCUUGCCUUACCACCCUGUAUGUGCCGAAAGAAAAAAAAAAGAAAAGAAAAGAAAGGGAGCAGGGCUGUGUAUCAGGUAUAUCACAGGGUAUUAACCUUUUCAUACAUACAUACAUCCAUUCGUGCAUGCAUGCUUUAUAGGAAACGACCGUUUCACUACUGUAGCCUUGUACUUGUACGAGUAUAC